CCUGCUUGUGUUCUCGCUCCAUUUAAUCCCCUGCUUUCCAAAUGGAAACGUAGAGGAAGCUUUAGCUGCACUGCUACAGUAAGGUUUUAAACGAGGAUAAUGGGAUCUGAGAAAAAGGAAGAGAAGGUUCGAGAACGGAUCGAGGCCGUUCUCCGAAUUUUGAAGAAGCAAGCUCCUCUGUCCAUGAAGCAGGAGAAGUUCUGCAAUGAUGCUUGCAUCGAGCGGUUUCUGAAAGCGAAAGGGGAGAACGUGAAGAAAGCGGCGAAGCAUCUCCGAGCAGUUCUUUCUUGGAGAGAGGCCAUAGGCACUGAGCAUUUAAUAGCUGAUGAGUUCUCCGCUGAACUGGCAGACGGCGUAGCUUAUGUUUCAGGCAAUGACGACGAGGGCCGCCCAGUUCUGAUUUUCCGCAUAAAACAGGAUUACCCCAAAUUCCACUCUCAGAAAUCAUACAUUCGGCUACUGGUAUUCACGUUGGAAGUUGCCAUCUCCAGCAUGUCCAGAUUCGUGGACCAGUUCGUUCUACUCUUUGAUGCCAGCUUUUUCAGGUCAUCGCCGGCUUUUCUCAACCUCUUUAUGUGCACGCUGAAGAUCGUCGGCGACUACUAUCCCGGUCGUCUCCACAAAGCCUUCGUCAUCGACCCUCACUCCCUUUUCCACUAUCUAUGGAAGGUAGCAAUAAUAUGCUUGCCAUUCAAGUUUCUCGUUUAAUCCUUCUCUGCAAUUUUUUACUUUA